ACCAGCAGCAAAGUAACUUAAGAUGGGCUCCUCCCACAGGCAGCAUCUGCUCCCGAUCCUCGGGCUUCUGGUCUUGGCCGGAACAGCCCUCAGUGGAGUUCAGGAGGUGCACAACGUGCUCGAGCUGACGGGCCACACGGUCAACAAGCUAAAGUUCUCCACGGAUGUGGCCACCGACAAGUACACACCGCCGGAGGAGAUGGACCCGCAGUUCUGGUACAAUAUCGCCGACGAGGAGAUCGCCAAGCGACUGGCCCUUCCCCAGCCCAAUGCCCAGAAGGCCAAGAACAUCAUCCUGUUCCUGGGAGAUGGCAUGCCACUGGCCACCGUCGCAGCUGCUCGAAUCCUGAAAGGACAGCGGGAGGGAAAAACUGGAGAGGAGUCCUCAUUGAGCUUCGAGCGAUUCCCCUACACCGGAUUGAGCAGGACCUACUGCACCAACGCCCAGGUGCCCGACUCCGCCUGCACUGCCACCGCCUACUUGUGCGGAGUGAAGACCAACAUCGUCAACAUUGGAGUGAGUGCUGCUGUGGAGUACAACAACUGCACCGCCAGCCAGGAUCCAGCCAACCGCCUGACCUCCAUCGCCGAGUGGGCCCAGAACUCCGGCAAAUCCACUGGAAUUGUGACCACCACCACCCUGACCCACGCCAGUCCCUCGGGAGCCUAUGCCAAGACGGCCAACCGGAUGUGGGAGAGCGACACGGAUGUGACCAGCUAUGGUGAGGAUGCCAGCACCUGCAUCGACAUGGCCACCCAGCUGGUGACCCAGACGCCUGGCAAGAACUUCGAGGUCAUGUUCGGCGGCGGCAUGGGCAAGUUCCUGCCCAAGUCGAUCGAAGAUAGCCACGGCAAACCCGGAGAGCGAUCCGAUGGAGUGAACCUCCUGUCCCGCUGGCAGGGACUCCACGAUGGCGGUGUCCUGGUCACCAAUCGCGAGCAGCUGCUUAGCGUGAACGUAUCCGCAGUGUCCAGCAUCAUUGGUCUCUUCCAGUCGAGUUUGAUGGACUUCCACCACGAUGCGGAUGCCACCUACCAGCCCACCCUCUCCGAACUCACCGAGGUGGCCAUCAAGAAGCUGAGCCAGAACGAGAACGGAUACUUUGUGUUCAUUGAAGGUGGUCUUAUUGACUACGGCAACCACUACACCAAAGCGGGCUACGCUUUGGAUGAGGCUCUGGAGUUCGAAAAGGCCAUUCAGUUGGCACGCGACAUUACCGACAUUGAGGACACCCUCAUUGUGGUGACGGCAGAUCACGGUCAUGCAGUCAGUAUCGCUGGAUAUCCCGGCAGGGGCACUCCCAUCCUGGGCAUCAAUCAGCACGACACAGAUAUAAACGGAGUGAAGUACUCGGUGCUCAACUAUGCGGCUGGACCCAACCAGUAUCUGGAUGAGAAUGGCCAGCGCGUCCCACUGGAUGACAUCAUCGGCUCCGAUGACGCCAUCACGCCCAGCUACAUCCCCAAGGAUCAGGGCGUGCACUCUGGCGAGGAUGUGGGCAUCUUCGCCUCCGGUCCGCAGAGCCACCUCUUCACUGGAGUAAUGCAGCAGAGCACCAUCCCCCACUUGAUGGCCUACGCCGCGUGCGUUGGCAACGGAAAACAGGUGUGCGACAACUAAGUACGAAGGAUCUGAAGACCAGGGAAAUUAAUAGACGCAGGCAAAUGGAAUUGGAGGUUGAAUCUAGCCAAUUGAAGUAUUGAAGUAUUAAGCAACCCUCUGUAUUUGUUUCUCUAUUAAAAAUUUACUAAGCAAUUUUA